UUUUCAUUUAAUCGCCUCCUAGCGGCAUGAAUAUCAACUCAAGCUGAAAGGCAGCCAUGUUCUCCAUGUCACUGUUUGCGGGAUUCCGAACCAGCGGUCCUACACGUUUCAUCUCCCGACCGCGAGCGUCUUUAGGUUGCGGUCUUUUCACUAGAGGACUGGUUACCAGACGUUCUCCAAUCGGUGUCCCUGCCCAAUCAGGACGGAUAGCUCUUAACCAACCAUGGGUGAGAUGCAUGAGUAUCGUAAAGAGUCCAUACCCUUCUAUGGACGUACCGAAGAUGCCUCUGGCUCAGUUCAUAAUGAAGGACUUUGACAAGUGGCCGCAGAACACAGCAUUGGUUGAUAGUGUCACAAAAAAGGCAUACACGUUUGAAGAGGUGAAAAAAUACGCCAGAAGUGUCGGUAGCUCUCUUUUAAAGUCUGGAGUGAAAGCGGGAGAUGUUGUUUGUAUCCACAGCCAAAAUUGUCCGGAGUAUGCGUUCGCCUUUCUUGGUGUUGUUGGUAUUGGUGCCGUUGCAACUCUGGCAAGUCCUGGACAUACCUCUCGAGAACUACUCUACCAGCUAGAGGAUUCGAAGGCAAAGCAUAUUAUCACGACAGCUAAUCUGUUGGAGACUGUGCAAGAAGCGACAAAGAACUUUACCCACCUUAAGAAUACGUUUGUCAUUGGUGGCGACCAUGUCCCGGGUUGCAUAUUGUUCACCGACUUGCUGAAGGACGACGGUGGUGAAUUCCCAGAUGACCUCGCUUAUGACCCUGAAGACACCAUUGCCUUACCUUACUCUAGCGGUACCACUGGGCUUCCCAAGGGUGUGAUGUUGAGUCACUCCAACAUUGUGUCGAAUAUGACUGGAGUUACUUCCGAUAAGAAGCUACUUGGCAUGACCCCAAGUGAUUGCCUACUGGGUUUUCUCCCCUUUUACCAUGCGUACGGCCUUGUGUUGAUAAUGGGUGCUGGCAUUCUAUCUGGUGCAAAGAUCGUCACCAUCCCCAAGUUUGAAGCCGAACCCUUCCUGCGCUUCAUAGAGCAGUACAAGGUAACAAAACUGAUGAUAGUUCCUCCAGUGGGAAUUCUACUAGCCAACCAUCCUUUAGUAGACAAGAUCGAUUUCAGCAGUGUGAACGACAUUCUCUCUGGCGCUGCGCCGAUGGCAUGGGAAACGGAGAAGACUAUAAGGAAAAGGACUGGCUUAAAGAUAAGACAAGGCUUCGGCAUGACUGAGUUAAGCCCGGUUGGAACGCUUUCUCCUCUAUCAACUGAUGAUGGUUUGAAACAGGGAUCAGUUGGACCACUAGUUCCUAUGACAGAAGCAAAGAUUCGUGAUAUUGAGACAGAUGCAUCGCUUGGACCAGGACAGGACGGUGAACUAUGCAUCCGAGGUUCGCUGGUAAUGAAGGGCUACUUAAACAAACCAGAGGCGACACAAAACUGCAUGGAAAAGGAUGGUUGGCUUAGAACAGGUGAUAUUGCCCACUACGACGAAGAAGGAAACUUCUACAUUGUCGACAGGUUGAAGGAACUCAUCAAGUACAAAUCUUCCCAGGUUGCCCCGGCAGAACUUGAGGAGCUGAUCCUAUCCGUGACUGGGGUACUGGACACUGCAGUUGUGGGUAAACCAUGUGAAGACGUUGGAGAGCUUCCACUAGCCUUCGUGGUGAAGAAACCUGAUGCUGAAAUUACGGAAGAAGAUAUCAUUAAAUUCAUAGAAGAAAGAGUCGCUCCAACAAAACGAUUACGAGGUGGCGUUAUCUUUGUUGACGAAAUCCCCAAGUCACCCAGUGGAAAGAUCCUGCGAAGAGUUCUGCGAGAUAGGUUGAAGAAUGUGGAAUAAUGUGUUGCUAUCUUCAUUGUUGCCGGAGAAACGAUUCUAUUGGCCUCGGCCUAUUUGUCCCGUGACUGUCAUAGACUGGAAUAAGACAGAGGAGUCGAAAUGCAUUUAAGACGAAACAUGAUGCAAAUAUGACACGACUCGGGUCUUGCUUUGUACUCGCAUCUGUCAGCAGGAACGAUGUUCCGUAGGUUCAGAAUGAAUCGUGCAGAUAAAAUUCCUGUGUCAUACUCGUAAUUGAAACGGUAGUACACGUAUACUGUUGAAAAAUUCAAAUUAUUGAGUGGAAAUCGUGUUCUAUUAUGAUUAAAUAAUGGUUAAAGCUUUAGACAGAACAUUUCUUCUUGAAUUAUUUCAAUUUUUGCCAACUGUCACCUCAGCUCCACUGUCUAUAAUCGGCGCGUAGUCUCUUUAAAAGUCUCAUCAUAAUUUCUUUGAUCCAAUUUUAUACGAACUCAUUUGAAAAAUAAACUUAUCUAUUCAUAGCAAUGAC